CAGUGCCUAAGCGAAGCCAGCAUACGUAGUGUGAUCCAUAAACGACAGCAUGGAUACCCCUUACUCUACAUCCCAAACUUACAUUGAUGACUUUAACCCAGUAGAUUACUUUCAGACAUACUAUGCUCCAGGGCAGGGAGUUCUCACUGGAGAAUGGACAAACUUUGUAUUACGGAAUCUUCAUGAAACAUUUGCGCCAGGUCGUGUUAAAGGAGACACACUAAUCGAUUUCGGUGCUGGGCCAACAAUUUACCACCUUCUCUCUGCUUGUGAAGUAUUCAACAACAUAAUCACCUCCGAUUUUCUUGAGCAAAAUCGCAGAGAACUGCAGAAGUGGCUGAGGAAGGACGCUGAUGCCUUUGACUGGACUCCAAUUGUCAAAUAUGUGUGUGGGCUGGAAAAUAAUAGUGAUAACUGGCAGGAAAAAGAAGCUAAGCUGCGGAGAAAAGUGACAAAGGUUCUGCAAUGUGAUGCACUGAAGAAGAACCCAUAUGAUCCUGAGGUGAUGCCAGAAGCGGAUUGCCUGCUUUCCUGUCUCUGCUUAGAAGCACCAUGUAAAGACCCGGAAGCCUUCUGCAACACCCUGAAAAGUUUUUAUGACCUCCUUAAGCCAGGAGGUCAUCUGAUUAUACUGAGUGUUCUUAACUGCACAUUCUACUUUGUUGGUCAGAAAAAGUUUUCUAGUCUGUCCUUAACUAGGGAGGACCUUGAGAGAGCAUUUAAAAAGGCUGGUUUUGAAAUUGAGGAAUUAAAGGUUGUACCACGUAAUGAUAAGUCAAGGAUGGACAUAACCGAUUACGACAGUUUGUACUGUGUCCAUGCCCGUAAACCACUUAACCUGUAAGCUUAAUAAACAAUAAGGGGGAUAUGCAAAAGUCUACGAGAUGCAGUCAUUGGAGGGCAGACUAGGUGGGCCAAGUGGUUCUUAUCUGCUGUCAAAAUUCUAUGUUUCUAUGAGAUUCUGGCGUCUGCCUGAUUUUUUUUAUUUAACAAACCAAUAUAAAGAAAAUAGCAGCGCUAAAUACAAUUAAUACCAGAAUGAGAUGGAUUGUGUGAAAACAGAUUAAAACAUUUAUUAUAACUCUGAUAAAUAACCAUUAAAAAUCAGUAUGAUCACCAACAAAAUUAUUGAAAGUAAAAUGGAAGUGUCCGUUCCUUUUUAGUAAUAACUGGACAACAGUAUAUGCAGACUUAAAAGGCUUAGGGACUGAUUGCACAGUCCCAAUGGGAAGUUGUUACCGCUUCUUAUACCGCUGGACGGAGAAAAUCCCAAAAUAAAUUUCUUCAAUUAGGAGCUUGAUAUCAUAGUCUCAAUCCUCACCAAUAUGCGGAGCUUUGCUUGCGGAAAGAGUCCCUGGUAGGCCUGUUAUAUCCACCAUGUGUUGAGUCUGAACGUCCGGUAUGGUCCGGGCACUUGUUUUGUAACAAAAUGGUCGGUGAUCAGGAUGGCAUCCUGAUCACUGACCAUUUCGUUAACCUGCUGCAAUUGAACCUGCAGCAAGCGCACACCAAGACAGCAGCAUAGCGAAUGCAGCGAGCCCGCAAGGGCUUUGUUGUGCUCGCCCCCCCCCCCCCCCAGCACCAGUAUUCUCAAUGCCGGGAUCCUGGUGUCGGUAUGGUGAUGCAAUACCAACCCUCACAAGUGCCUGUAUCUCUCAGGCUAUUACAUUUCUCCCUAGCUGCAGUGUGACUGAUGAUUUCUCCAGAGUUUCUCUACGAUAUAAAAUACUUGCUGAUAUACUGUCUGUGACUGACACUUUGCAGUGAUGAAGGUAGUGCGUCAUGUUCAUAAACCGAUGCAAAACAAUUAUUACAUUUAUCAUUUGAAUAAACGUUUGGCACAUGUUGACAGCGAGUAGUUAAUACAUUUCUGGCCACUCCUCAGCCUGUAACUGUUUCAUUGCAAGGAUUUUCUUUUUUUCUGUCUCUCUUGUAUAGAGUCUCUUUUGGAACAUUAAAGCUGGCUACGU